CACGUUCGGACCAGGGGUGCACGACAAGGCUGUCAACACCUCCAGCCGCGUGCGCAUCCGUUGCAUCCGCCGCGCGCACCUGCACGCCCUGGUUAUGCGCUGCUGGUGUAUGUAGCGCGGUUGUAUUGUACUUCGUAGCCUCGACGAUACUCGACGCCGACGCUCAACGCCUGACUCCACCUCCACGGUCCACCCCGACGACCCACCUCCACCGAUCCACCCCGACUCCCCACAGCAGAGUACCUACCUACCCACCCACCCCUCCACAAUGGGCCUCGGCAUCCUAGAGCCCGCGCUCCCCUCCCCCGGCCACGUGCCGGGCAGCGUGACGGUGCUGGACGACGGCAAGACGCGCAGUGCGGCGGAGCACGCGGCGCGGGCGGCGCUCAAGUACGAUCGCAGCGGGAAGGUGCUGUUGGUGCCGCAGCCGUCGGAUGAUCCUAAUGAUCCGCUUAACUGGCCCCUCUGGCAACGCGACCUCCACCUCGCCCUCCUCUCCCUCCUCGCCCUCCUCGCCGCCACCCUCUCCCCCCUCUUGGCCGCCAACACCGUCUCGCUCGCCAUAUACUUCGAGCGCUCGCUGACCGACAUGGCGCUGCUAACCGGCUACCACCUGCUGGGCGUCGGACUCGCGGGGUUCGUGUUCGUGCCCAGCGCGCGCGUGUGGGGGAAAAGGCAUCUGUAUGUGCUGGGUGCGGUGGUAGUGGUGGGGAGCUGUGUGUGGGGGGGCGCUACGGGGCCGCGGUAUGCGAGUUUCUUGUGGGCGAGGGUCGCGCAGGGGGUUGGGUUGGCGCCGUUUGAGGCGUUGGUUAAUGCGUCGGUGGGGGAUUUAUACCACGUGCACGAGCGCGGGCUGCGCAUGGCCCUCUCCAACCUCGCGCUCUUCGGCGGCGCGUUCCUAACCCCCGUGUUCGUGGGCCUGAUCGCGGACCGCAUGGGGUACCAGUGGACGUUCUACUUUGUGGCGAUUUUCGCCGCCGCGCUGCUGCCGCUGCUGGUGCUGUUCUGCCCGGAGACGGCGUACCGGCGCGAGGCGCGCUUCGACAUCGACACGAUGGGGAACCUGAUUGUGGCGCCGGCGCUGGAGCUCAAGACGGCGCAUCGGGCGGAGUCGACGUCGGAUGAUUUCGAAAGGGGCGCUGUGGAUCAGGCUCCGCUGACGCAGGCUGCGCCGAGUCCUGUCCCUGCGAAGGUGACGUUUCGGCAGUCGCUGGCUCUCUUCAAUGGGCGGAAGACCGACGAGCACUAUUUGCACCUCCUCCUGCGCCCGUUUCCGCUGUUCUUCCACCCGGGGAUCCUGUGGGCAUGUCUCAUCCAGGGCGUGAUGAUUGGCUUCACCGUCCUGAUCGGCGUGACUCUAGCCGCCAUCUUCCUCGGCCCCCCGCUGUGGUUCGGCGAGCUGGAGACCGGGUACAUGUACACGGGGGCCUUCAUCGGGGCGCUGCUCGGGUUCGCGCUGUGCGGGCUGCUCGGCGACUGGAGCGCCGCGGCACUGACGCGGUGGAACGGCGGCGUGUACGAGCCCGAGUUCCGGAUGGUGCUGGUGAUUCCGCAGGUGGUGCUGGGUGGCGCGGGGCUGUACGGGUUCGGUUGGACGGCGCACGAGCCGCUGAAGUACGGGUGGUUCUGGCCGGAUUUCUUCUUCGCGCUGGUGGUCAUGGGGAUGGUGUGUGGCGCGGUGGCGUCGGCGCUGUACAUUGUGGACGCGCAUCGCGACAUGUCCGUGGAGGGCUUCACGUGCCUCCUCGUCUUCAAGAACCUCUUCUCCUUCGGCCUGACGUUCAAGGGCUUUGACUGGCUCGUCGAAGCCGACAGCACGAAAUCGAUGUUCAUCGCGCUGGGCUCCGUGCAGGUCGGCAUCUGCGCACUGUCGAUUCCGCUGUAUAUCCUCGGCAAAAAGAAUCGCUCCUUCUUCCACCGCCACAACGUCUUCUUCAAAUCCACCGACGCGGUGGCCGACUUCAUUCUGCGCAUUUUCGGGCAAGGAAAAGGGGUGCGGGGGUGAAUUAUCAUUCAGGACGUACGUAGAACGUGUGUAGAUCUUGUGUAUAGAGCUUGCGUAUCAGACUGAGAGAGGAGUGGUAGCAUGGUUGUAAUGGGGUUUGUAUAUGGGAGUCGUAAUGGGUGUGCGGAGAUGUGGGAUUUGUAUGUGGGAGCUGUAUAUGGAAGUUAUACAUAGAGGGUAGGGAUGAGUGGUAUUGGGUUAAUAACUACCU